GUAUUUAUGACGCCCUCGGAGGCUCGUCUGAACCCUUCGAUAAGAGCGCGUUUUUUGUUUUUUUCCUCUCACGAACGACGCAACCUUGACGUAGACGCGCGGUUAUAAGAGCGUGAACAGAGGGCUGGGAGGUGUAAGUCUGGGAUAGUCGCUGUGAACAAGUGAACCUCCAGCUACAUCGCUACCAAGAUUAGGGAACAGGGGCAAGGUUAUCCGGAACCAGCGCUCCUUUAGUUUGACUUCCAUAAAGUGCGCUUUUCCAGCUGUACAGACCCCCUUUUUUUUUUACGUUUUUAUCGUUACACGUUAUUCAGCGGGGAGGAACUACGUUCAACGCCCCCACAACCGAGCUCCACCUUUAGAUCCGAAGUCUCCAGAACUACGCUUAUUGUCCCUCGAGCGCAAUUUCCCAGCACCGACCCCGCGCGCGCAAUUUAAGCGGAGAGCAGCCGGGGAGAAUAAGCCUCGCGCGCAGUAUGGAGACGUUUACGGUGCCUCGCGCUGAUCUUGCGGACCUCUACUCCGUGGUUCCGUACAAUGUCACCGACGAGAUGUCAGUCAUGGGUUACGGUGGUAACGAGACCGUGCUACCGACCCCGGUGAGAAGCGCCAGCGGCAUCAUCAUAGCCAUAUCCAUCACGGCGCUCUACUCCGUUAUUUGUGUGGUGGGACUACUGGGCAACAUCCUGGUGAUGUACGGGGUGGUCAGGUACACCAAGCUGAAGACGGCCACCAACAUCUACAUCUUCAACCUGGCGCUGGCGGACGCCCUGGCCACGAGCACGCUGCCCUUCCAGAGCGCCAAGUACCUGAUGAACACCUGGCCCUUCGGCGAGGUGCUCUGCAAGGUGGUGAUCGCCAUCGACUACUACAACAUGUUCACCUCCAUCUUCACGCUGACCAUGAUGAGCGUGGACCGCUACAUCGCCGUGUGCCACCCCGUGCGCGCGCUGGGCUUCCGCACGCCGGCCAAGGCCAAGCUGAUCAACGUGCUGAUCUGGGUGCUGUCGUCGGCCAUCGGCGUGCCCAUCAUGGUCAUGGCGGUCACCAAGGUGACGGACAGUGGUAAAACCCUGUGCAUGCUGAAGUUCCCCGACCCCGACUGGUACUGGGACACGGUCACCAAGAUCUGCGUGUUCAUCUUCGCCUUCGUGGGGCCCGUCAUGGUGAUCACGGGCUGCUACGGCCUGAUGAUCCUGCGGCUGCGCAGCGUGCGUCUGCUCUCGGGCUCCAAGGAGAAGGACCGCAACAUGCGGCGCAUCACCCGCAUGGUGCUGGUGAUCGUGGCGGCCUUCAUCGUGUGCUGGACGCCCAUCCACAUCUUCAUCAUCGUGAAGACCCUGGUGGAGGUGGACCACCGCAACCCCUUCGUGGUGGCCGUGUGGCACCUGUGCAUCGCCCUGGGCUACACCAACAGCAGCCUCAACCCCGUGCUCUACGCCUUCCUGGACGAGAACUUCAAGCGCUGCUUCCGGGACUUCUGCGUGCCCUGCCGGCCCGGCGCCGACCCGCGCAGCCUGGGCCGCGGCCGCCAGGCCCCGAGGGAGCCCGUGUCAGUGUGCGCCCCGUCGGACGCCCGGAAGAACCCGGCGUGACUAGGCAUGGAGCCGGCCUCCUCCGGCGGCUUCGGCGGCGCCAGGCGGAUCCAGCAGGACCUGCAGUCGGAGAUCACCCUGAUCUCCACCACCGAGUUUUGAGGUUGCCGCCGUUUGGGGCGAAGCAGGCCAACAGCCCACACCCUAAUCCUCUUUCCCGUCUGGGAUUCGGGAGUCGUUCCAACCGGGUGGAGAGGAGCAGUGUAGGAACUUCAAUGAUUAACGGGGUUUUGCUUUGAUCGUCUUUUCAUAAAGAGUUGAAGUUCUCCGGUUGCAAAGAAGAAUGGAGGUCGUUUUUUUAGGAGCUGGAAAUGUACUGUGAAGGCCUGGACGGAGAAUGAAAGGGCUGUCUUGAGGGUUCUUCGUUACCCAGAACAAUGACACAGAAGGCGACAUUACAGAGCUCAUUAUUGGUCGGAAACAAAGUAAUGGAAGAAAGGGUCUUGUAAUGAAGGAAACAAAGGAUAAUGUCUAUUGGAUGAAAACAGGACCUUCCAACAGCGGCCCGUGAGUGAGAUGGACUGACUUUCUUUCCUCCUGCUGAAUAGAUGCAUAGCCAAUUCGAUUGCAGCCACUGACUUAAAACAACAAAACAACUACAAAGAAUCGCCUAAUCGCCCCGACCUAAUGCGUUUUCUGAAAGAACCCGUGUAGAGCAUUUUCAUCAUGGUCCAUCAUUUAAUAAUGGAUUCAAAAAGACUUUGCAUCAAGGGAAUAAGAGAACCCGUUCCUUUCCUGUUGCCUUCAUCCUGAAAAGCUAUGGAUGGAACAUCAGCCUUGAAACCCAGGAGAAUAGGAGAGCCAGCCUUGCUAGGAACAAAAUGCAGACAGAGGUGUGUGUGUGUGUGUGUGUGUGUGUGUGUGUGUGUGUGUGUGUGUGUGUGUGUGUGUGUGUGUGUGUGUGUGUGUGUGUGUGUGUGUGUGUGUGUGUGUGUGUGUGUGUGUGUGUGUGUGUGUGUGUGUGUGUGUGUGUGUGUGCGUGUGUGUGUGUGUGGGGGGGGGGGUGUAAUUGUCUAUUAAGGUUCCCUGCAUUUGUGGGUGGACUGAACUAAAAGUGUUCAGUGGAUUCCCCUUUUCUCAGACUGGUGUUUCUCACUGCUGUACUCUGCGGGCGGGGGUUGUGGGGGUGAGAGGGGUGAGGGGGUGGUAGGUGACAGCAAGCAGAGCUGUUGGACCACAUAAGCAUCAAUCAAGACGCCGGGGGAGACGUGGCGAUGGAGACAUCUUACAUUUGACUUUUGAAACAACUGUAAAAUAUCCAGCUGUACCACAAAGACGAAGGGUACACACACUGGACUCACAUGGGGAAGACCACAAAGACAAAGAAUACACACUGGAAUCACAUGGGGAAGACCACAAAGACAAAGAAUACACACUGGACUCACAUGGGGAAGACCACAAAGACAAAGAAUACACACUGGACUCACAUGGGGAAGACCACAAAGACAAAGAAUACACACUGGACUCACAUGGGGAAGACCACAAAGAUCAUCAAUAGAAGCCUAUACACACUUAGCGUCUUAACAACUGUUGAUCUUAACAAAUGUUUUCUGUAAUCAAAUACGCUUCACUGAGGUUUUUUCUCUUUAAAAACGUCAUACAAACACUGCUGAAUAUGUAGCUGACAUGAUCACGGUCAUCCUGCAACUAACAGAGAAUCAUCACACAAAUACAACAGCCAAUAUAAAUGCAUUGGAUCCAGAUUUAAUGGUCCAUGGAGCAUUUCCCCUCAAUUAGCAACUAUUUCUGCAUUUCAAUAUAUUUCAGUCACAGUGUUUAUUCAAACAUGUUGAUAAGCCAGCCCGAUAAAAUAUGUCUGUUUAUAAAGCUCAUAGUGGUCCUGAUUCGCUUUGCUGUUUUAGUUUAGACUUUAUUAGUCAAGUAUCUGUCAUUCAAAGCUACGUACAACAGAGAGCUCUUGACCUCAUGCGGAGCAGGAUCGAUGUUUACAUUUGUUCCCAGCGGUGCCCAUAAACAUGCUUCCGUCUCUGAAGACUCUGGUGAUUAAAAUCAGUUUGCAUGUUCAUGCCUGAAUCACAAAUUUUAUUAUCAAUUAAAGGUACAGUUCAAAUUUGCCAAUUAUCUGCCAAGCCGUUUGAAUAAAAAUAUAUUUAAAUGAUUAUGAACAAGGUUUAUUCCACCUCAGUAGCUUUGCGUGACUCAUGAGGAUACCUUCACAUACCAGAGGAGAGAAAUAGCGCGUAGCAAAAAUGUUCAUUCUCGUCAGUGUUGUGUCGAGUGCUGUGGUGAAUAUUGUAGCUACAGCUUUGUUCAUGGACAUAUCCAGCAGCGAAUCACUGGAACGAUCGGCAUGAUAAUAAGAAGGGAAUCGUCCCUGGGACUAAUUUGCCUUUUGAUGCAAACGUAUCAAAGACACUAUUGAAAUGAUGUGUUUCUAAACUGUGCGUUCCCAACUGUGACGGGAACUGUAAUGUUCAACCCACUGACGUUCAAACAAUCAAUCAUGUGGGUCACACUCAACAAUCUCCUUCUGUAUUUCACAUCGAGAUCGAGACUGGUGUCAAAAAUGUCACCAGAGUGCUCCGAAACGAAUUAGGAAAGUGCAUUUGAAGUACAUCAAAAUUGAAUCCCCGCCAACUUCUCAUUUGUAUUCCCCUCUGAUGUUUGAAAUGCUGAGAAGAGAGAUGAGCCAGAUGUUGGCUACGCUUGCUAUCUGCUUACGUGCGCCGAUAGACAGCAACGAUGAAACUAAUCUUAAUUAAGAGUAUGUGUAUGUGUCACGCAGGGACAAAAUCAAUGAAAAUAAGUUAAAUCAAUACUUAAUGUGAGACUCCCAGUCUUGGCCUUGGGGUGACUCCCUCUGCAUUGGGCUGUGUAGAGUAAGUUUAUCCCUAUAGUUUAUGGAUUCCCAUGACUGAUUUAACCUCUAUCUUAAAAUGUGCAACAAUUCUGCCAAUCUAUCCACAGAGAAAAUCCCCCCAGGACGCCUAUAGAUUGUCUGGCUUAGGCCACGAUGAAUGGAGUCGGGAGAAAAGCGCUCAAUGACAAUUAUGAAAAAAGCGAAUAAAUAUGUCUAAAUAAAUACAUUAGAAUUAAUCAAAGCUGAGAAAAUGGGUUUGAUAAGUCAUAUGUGAGUGGCCUCAAGUAGGAUGUGACUAGGGGCCCUCAGAAGAUCAAAAAAGGCACUUGGUUGGCCAACUGUCACUUAUUCCACAUCACACGUACAGUACACAGGCUUGAACAAACCAAUCCGACAUUUUAACGUCCACAAUGGACCCUUUGAUCGUUGGUUCUUCUCUUUUCAUCACGUAAAGAAGAGACUGACAGAAGACAUGAGAGGAUUAAGACGGAGCCAGUAAGCAGUACUUUGGGUUUUUGCAGGGCUUGUGAUGCGCAUAAGACGCCUUCUCUGUUAAUCUCUUUGAAGCGCCUGUCUGUCGUAUAUUUCAAACCUUUCCAUUGUAUCACUGCUGCUCUUGCAUCAAGAAAGGGUAUCAGUUAGUGGAACAAGGAAGGAGUUGUAAAUUAUGGAAUAAUAAUGAGAUGAGCUAAUCAUUUCAGCCUGUAAUCUUCUCCAUGACAAGUGCUGAACCAUUCUGUUUGUUGUUUUUGUCUUUGCGUUGUUUUCUUUAGCUAAUGAGGGACCGAUUUGAUAUGUUUCAUGAAAGGUUCCUUUUAAAGGUUAACUAUAGGUGAGCUGCUUUGUAUACGUUGUUGUGUCCUAUGUGAUGCACUGAGGAGCUGUUGAAUGCUGGAAGCCACAUGAUUACAUCAAUAAUACAAAAUAAGACCCGAUUGCUCUGUGACUAUUGUCCUCAGCCUAAUUGACGUAUCAUGCCAAACCACAUUAUGUCAUAAGAAGGCCGCCAGAUAAUAAUAAUUUCCUGCCGCAUUUUUCAAGAUAAUCGGCGUGCACCGAACGAGAAUACAUAUGUGUAACAAUAAUGGAUGACAAAUAAUUAAAUUGAUUCAACGAU